UACAUUGUGCCCGUCCCUUAAAAUUCUCUCCAGCACAGAUUGGGGGAGCUUUGAGACUCUCUGUGUGUCUGUGACAGCAAGGAGUGUAAAUAAAGGGGAAAUAAGCAGGGAUACUGUGGACACAAUUGCAGUUCUCCCAGUAACUAGACAAAGUUGGUGACAAGAGUGGAAGUGACUUGCCAGGCAACAGUGGAAAACAAGGCUGUUCCCUGAAGCCAGAUUGCCUAAAAACCAGCAAGCUUUCUUUUGUUGGUGUUUGGGACUUGAGAGUUUUGCCCCCAUCCAUCUGCAAGAUCCAGGGAAGCAUGUCUCUGGCUGGGAAGAAGAGCCAAGUACGCCUGGUGUUUCUGGGGGCAGCCGGGGUUGGCAAGACAUCCCUCAUCCGGCGAUUCCUGCAGAACACAUUUGAGCCAAAGCAUCGUCGGACAGUAGAGGAGCUGCACAGCAAGGAGUAUGAGGUUAGUGGAAUUACCAUCAAGGUGGAGAUCCUGGACACUAGUGGUAGUUAUUCGUUCCCAGCGAUGCGCAAGCUCUCCAUCCAGAACAGUGAUGCUUUUGCUUUGGUGUAUGCUGUGGAUGAUGCGGAGUCCUUUGAGUGUGUGAAGACGUUACACAGGGAGAUCCUUGAGCUGAAAGAAGAUAAGUUGCCACCGAUUGUAGUGGUGGGCAAUAAAGCGGAAACUGGUGGGGUUAGGCAAGUGUUGCCUGAAGAUGUUCUCUCCGUGGUGGAGCUUGAUUGGAACAACCGUUUCCUGGAGGCAUCUGCUAAGGAGAAUGAGAAUGUGAUGGAAGUUUUCAGGGAGCUGCUUCAGCAAGUCAACCUGCCCAUCCUGCUGAGCCCUGUUGUGCGGAGAAGACGCGAGACUUUCUCCAGUGAAGCCCCCUUGAGGCCCCCCAUGAACAAAGCAAAUAGUUGUACCAUCUGUUGAACUCUGUGAGAAUGUCAGCAUCAAGAUGGUUUUCUUUUCUUUUGUUUUGUUUUGUUUUGCAAAACCUAGUCACUAUCGGUAUGGGAUGUUGUCUGUAAACAGUGUCAUAUCUCUAAAUCCAAGGUGAUCUUCUCACCAAAUUAAGGCUGUAAUGUGUAAAGUGGAAGAGACACCUCCUGUAUGACACAGAGCUCUACCUUGGCUAAGCUAAAGGAGGGAAUAUGGGUCAGUUGGCUAAUGUCUGAAACAAUAAUGGAGGGUCAGCAAGGUAUAGAGCACGAACUGCAAAGGUGAGCAUUUGAGGAAUCUCUUAAGGAACAUUUCAUUCUGGGGACAUCUACAGAUGGUUUGUAUUUUCAGAUGGCUGAGUAGAUUUUGCUUCAAGAGGGGGAAGGUAGACAAUUUCAUGUUUAUUGAACAGCAAAUGUAUGUGUGUUGCUUCCUAUACUAGAGUGUUUUUUAUUUCUAAUUGCAUGAAUAUGUCCUUGCACUGAUUAUGUUUACACUGAGCUAAAUCAUUUUGGUGACAUCUCUGCAUCUAUACUCUGGAAAGAGAUGCAUCUCCCAGUGGGUCUGAACAUGGUUUUGAUUUUUUUCUAAAUAACUUUUCAAAGCUUGUAUCCAAUAAAAGAAAAGUGAAACCCUGCCA